AUGGAACAACAGAGCAAGGACCACCCCUCCACAGCCGGUCCAGCCGAGGACAGCAACCACAAUACCAAUAACACCAACGACAACGGCGCUGACCCCACCAUCAACCCACUUCUCUCCAAGAUGCGGACAGUCCCUCUCCCCCGCCCAGGCGAACUCUUGAUCUACGACUGCCGCCCUCCACCCUCUCAUAGCCAUGCACCAACUGUAACAGCACAGGAGACACCCACGUUUCUAUUGCAGGAUAAUGACACCUCCUUGUCCUCCUCUUCGUCCCCUUCGUCGUCAGGGUCCGAUGCUACUGCUGCACGGAUAGCAUUCACUUCCCCUCCCACGACACCCAUGCCUGCACCCCAGGAAGCAACUUUUACCCGAGACGACACCAAUACCACCGAUCAAGACGAGGGAUCAGAUUCGCCUUCUCCUGUUCCUAGAGCAUCAUUAUUAAGUUCAGGAGCUGCACCAGGUGUUGCGACAGAUAACUACCACCACCACACCUCCAAAAGUAACAGCAGCAGUCAACGACCCAUUCGCUGUCUCCAAUGGAACAUUGAACGCAACUACAAGGCUGACGAAAUCUUGGCAACCCUGACAGAACUCGACGCCGACAUCUUAUGUAUCCAAGAGAUCGACAUUGGUUGCCACCGAUCGGGCCAUGACCGUGACCACUUUCUGGAGAUCUGCAAGUCGCAGGGUCUCUAUGGUGGGUUUGUCCCCGAGUUCUGGGAGCUGGAGCACCCGGGCCGCAAGGAUCGGGAUCAGGGCGGUGGUGUUCACGGAAACGCCAUCCUGUCGAGGUGGCCUGUUAAUGGGUUCCGAGUGCUUGACCAUGUCCACCAUGCGUACGAGUGGGAGCGAGAUGGACUAAAGCUGAACGAGCCCAGAUUGGGAAGACGGUUCACAAUUGUGGCGGACAUCCAGACGCCCUCUGGUCCACUUCUGUGCUACUGCGCCCACCUCGAGGUCUUUACAGGAAUCGUUGGGCGAAUCUCUGCUUUGAGUGACAUCUUGGCGGACUCGGAACUGUACUCGGAUCGAUACCCUUAUCAGAUCCUCUUUGGUGAUCUGAACACCAUCUCACACUCGAUCGCACGACUUGCCAAGACAAUCUCGACAGAUCAGUAUCGGAUUGGAUCGUUUGGAUCCCAGGAAGCAGAGUGGUGGGACAACAACCUUUGGAGCUGGCAUGUUCAGGACGGAGAGUUCAACUUGGCUCUCGCUACUGGAGGAUGGGGCUGGUUGCGUCGGUUGGGGUUUCUGGGACUUGGUCUUGGUGCUGGUUCGGGUGUCAAUGGAGUGUCAUCGGUUUGGUCCGCAGAUGGCAAGUACUCUGGAUGGCUUGCGCAAUUGGUAGAGGCAGGAUUGUCAAAGGUCAAGUUGGCUCGUCAGGAACAACUGCUGAGUGACAAGUUUAUUACGAUCGACCAGGAAGUCUCAUACCAGCACUCACAUCACCCACACCAACACCAACAACACGACAACCAAAUCAAGGACCAGCAACAUGGUCGGGGUUCGGAAGAGAGUCAUGCGGACGAGCUCGAGAGUGAGAAGAGCUUUUAUGAGGACGGAAGUGUUAUUCUUGUCGGACGACCUCGAUCACCCAGCAUCAUCACACUCGAGUCCAGUCUCAUGGACCACAACGAGUGCAUGUCGUCGCCGUCGUGGUCGUACCCUUCAACACCGUCAGUGAUGUAUGCUGAUCAGGAAGGAGACGAAACCGAUGGCGAGAGCCCGGACUGUGACGAGGGAGUCGAUGCCACCCGACGAGGACGACGACAGCUUCCACGUGUCAACGUGCGCUACUUUUCCUCGACACCGUCAACACCUUCACCCACGCUCCGUCUGAUCCCACCAACGCCCAAACAGAGUCGGUCCAGUGGUUUGGACCGCGUGCUCAUCGGGACCAAUGACUAUCAGCGCGGGAUCCCUAUGCCCUUUGACGACGAAGAAGAAUUGCAGGAUCAUGAUGUCCCGCUCGACAGUAUUUUGAAUCAGGAGGGACAACACCAGCACCAGUACCAGCACCAGGAAACAAUGCAACAACACACCACUCAUGACUUUCAAUACCCUAAUGACCCUAACGCCCCUUUUACGACUUUUACGACCACUGAAACGACAACCACCACCACCACGUCAACAACGACAGCAACGCAUCAUGAUAUUUACUACAAGCAAAAGACAGAGACAUCCUCGACAUUCAAGGACCCUCAACCACCAUUCCUCCUCACACAUCUCCAACAAACUCACGCCUUCUUCUCAACCCAACGUCUUUGGUCUGGCUUCACACCCCUAGUCCUCCAUCAAGCGCGCAACCCAGGGUUCUAUGACCCCUGGUGUUCUCGGAGGGAUAUGACCCUCCACAACCCCAACUUUUUUGGAAUCCUCAAGGCGAAACUGGACUAUACCUUGCUCCGGAAUUUGAGGUGUGUUUCGAGAGUUACGGGGAACCAUGAUUACUCGGCGAGUGAUCAUAAGUGGCUUUUGGUUGAGGUUGAGUUUGAGAGGAAGUUUGAGAUUGCAGCGGCGAGGGAGGAGGAUGAUGAUGAGGAGGAGAAGGAUGUUAUUCAGUUGGAGGGAUUGACGGAGGAGACGUCGUCGUCGUCGUUAAUGGAUCGGGAACAGGAGGAGAAGGAGAUUGCGAUGCCAUCGAAGGAGCAGCAGUACUUGUGGUGGCGGGAGAGGAGACUAGAGUGGGGACAGCCUGUUCAGCCCCUACCCCAUGGGCAUCCUCAACAUGUUGCUGAGAAAAAGGCCCGACGGAGCAAGGCAAGAUCGUCAUCUUCAUCGUCGUCGGGUUCGACGUCUUUGUUGGUAGCGACGGUUACUGCUGCUGUUGCUGUUGGCGGGUACUGGCUUUGGUCUCGACACAAGUAG